AUGGUGGAGACAGUGCUGAGCAUGGCGAGAUCCAUGCUGGGGGUCGUAGUCAGCCUGGCCGCUUCAGCUGCCGCCGCCGAGAUGAGCUUGAUCAUGGGCGUGCGUAAGGAUAUCUGGUUUAUAAAAGAUGAACUAGAGACGAUGCAAGUAUUCCUAGUGGUCGCUGAGAGGAUAAAGAACAAAGAUAUGCUUCUCAAGGUGUGGGCAAAGCAAAUAAGAGACUUGUCUUACAACAUUGAAGAUUGCCUGGACGAGUUCAUGUUGCAUGUGGGAAGCCAAAGCUUGUCAUGGCGGUUGAUAAAACUAAAAGACCGUCGUCGGAUCGCCAUGCAAAUCCGCGAACUCAAAUCAAGAGUUGAAGAAGUAAGCAAUAGGAAUAUAAGGUACAACUUAAUCAAGACAGAAGCCUCCAAUAUCCUAGAGAUAGAUUCCUACACGGAUGAUGUUCGCACUCACUUAGCUAACAAUAUUGAUGAAGCGGAACUUGUGGGCUUUUCCAAGCCUAAGGAGCAAUUGAUUCAACUAAUGGAUGUCGAAACUAAGGAUGGUCCUGCCAAGGUGAUCUGUUUGGUUGGCAUGGGCGGUCUAGGAAAGACUACUCUUGCAAGGAAGACCUAUGAAAGUAAGGAAGGUAUUGUGAAGAACUUUUCUUGUUGUGCUUGGAUCACAGUCUCGCAAUCAUUUUUAAGAAUAGAAAUCCUCAAGGAUAUGAUCAGACAGCUUUUGGGUUGUGAGUCACUGAAGAAAUGUUUGAAAGAAAUUGAAGGUAAGGCAGCCCAAGUAGAGGACUUUGCCAGGUAUCUCAAAAAAGAGCUAAAGGAUAAGAGAUACUUUCUUAUUCUUGAUGAUUUGUGGACUGUAGAAGCAUGGCAGUGGAUCAAAGAUAUAGCUAUUCCUAAUAGAAACAACAAAGGUAGUCGGAUAAUAGUUACAACACGAGAUGUCGGCUUAGCUAAGCUGUGUACUUCUAUGUCCCUUAUCUAUCAUCUUGAACCCCUGCAAAUAGAUGAUGCCACAAAUUUGCUACUAAAAAAGACAGGCAGAACAUAUGAUGACCUGGAGAAAGAUGACAACUUGCAUAUUACAGUUGAAAAACUAGUUAGAAAGUGUGGUUGUUUACCAUUAGCUAUACUCACAAUAGGGGGCAUCCUUGCUACAAAAAAGGUCACUGAGUGGGGACUCUUUUAUAGCCAGCUCCCCACGGAGCUUGAGACUAACCCAAGCCUUGAAGCGAUGAGGAGGAUUGUUACCAUGAGUUACAACCACUUGCCAUCUCAUCUUAAGUCAUGUUUUUUGUACCUAAGUAUAUUUCCCGAGGAUGUUGAAAUCCAAAUGAGACAUCUGGUAGGCAGAUGGAUUGCGGAGGGGUUUGUUAGAGUCAGAGGUGGGGUGAUAAUUGAAGAGGUUGCAAAAAGUUAUUUUGACGAGCUAAUCAACCGAAGCAUGAUUCAGCCAUCAAAAGUGAACAUAGAAGGAUGUGUGAAGAGCUGUCGAGUUCAUGAUAUCAUGCAUGAUGUCAUGGUGUCGAUUUCUAGAGAAGAAAAUUUUGUAUGCUUGGCGGAGGAUAAUCUAGCUAGUGUGGCAGGGGAGAACUUCCGCCAUGUAGCAUACCACGGGAGCAACAUCCGUUGUACACGUGGUACUGCUGAUGGUGUGAUUGUGCCUAAUGGAAUCUGCAACCUACAGGAGAUACAGACACUAAUGAUUGUCGAAGUGGAACCUACUGCGUGCCGAGCAAUUAAAGAGCUAGGGGAGCUCACACAGUUAAGAAAAUUAGGUGUUAUGACACAUACGGCCAGCCUUCAGAAAUGCAAGAUACUUGGUGCAUCCAUUGAGAAGCUGUCUUCCCUCUCUUCGCUUAGAGUGGAUGGUCGAGGAAAUAGUUCUACCACAAGUUCGCUCGAGUGGCUGCAUUCUAUUUCCCUUUCCACCCCACUCCUAAAAAGCCUCAAGUUGGUUGGAUCUCUUGGAAAAGAGAUGCCCAACUGGGUUGGAAGGCUGAUGUAUCUGGUGAAGAUUCACUUAAGGGAGAGCGAGAUGAUAGAAGGGGGGAGAAGCAUGAAGAUACUCGGGUCACUGCCCAACCUCAUGCUCCUUCGCCUCGAUUGGUGGUCGUAUAGUGGAGAGAAGCUCGUUUUAAGUGCGGGAGCAUUUCCAAACCUCAGAAAACUUGAUAUUAUUGGUCUCGUUCUACUAAGGGAGGUGAGGUUUGUGGAGGGUGCAGCGCCCCACAUGGAAAGGAUAGAAAUCAGCUGGUGCAAGCUGGAAUCAGGGAUUAUUGGUAUCAACCACCUUCCAAAGCUGAACGAGAUUUUACUUAGUUAUGGUGCUAAAGUUGCAAGGUUUGAUACGCUGCCAUGUGAAGUGAACGCACACCCCAAUCAUCCUAUGGGGAGAAGACAGUGGAAAAUGCAAUGGACUACACUGCAGGUGAUGCUGCUAAUAUUAAAGCUCGAUAUAUUGUGA